AUGGAGCUGGCCUGGAAUUCAGUCUUUAUUGUCCUCCUGAGCUUUUCGUGCUGGGGGUUAGAUUGGGAAUUUGAUAGAAAAUUCAUUUCAGCUGCUGGUCCUCUCACCAAUGACUUGCUAUACAACCUGAGUGAUCCACUGGGAAACCAGCGUUCUAAUUUUGCAGCAGAGGACAGAAGCAUUUAUGUUUGUCGCCAACCACUGCCCGCUUUCCUGCCGAAGUUCUUUAAUAGUGUCCGUGCCAAUAAGAUCACCCAUUACAAAGUAUUUCUUCCAUGGGCACAACUUCUCCCAACAGGAAGCUCCAAAAACCCAGACAGCAAAACAGUGCAGUGCUACCGGCAACUCCUUGAGACUCUCAAGACCGCACAGCUUCAGCCCCUGGUCGUUCUGCAUCACCAGACCCUUCCUGCCAGCACCGUCCAGAGAAGAGAAGUCUUUGCUGAUCUCUUUGCGGACUAUGCCACAUUCGCCUUCCACUCCUUUGGGGACCUGGUUAAGAUCUGGUUCACGUUUAGUGACUUGGAGGAGGUGAUAAAAGAGUUUCCACACCAGGAAUCAAGACCUUCACAUCUCCAGACCCUCACUGAUGCCCACAGAAAAGCCUAUGAGAUUUACCAUGAAAAAUAUGCUUCUCAAGGCGGAAAACUCUCUGUGGUCCUACGAGCUGAAGCAGUCUCGGAGCUCCUGCUGGAACCGUCCACGUGUGCUCUUGCCAAGGGCACCGUCGAUUUCCUCUCUCUUGAUUUGUUUUAUGAAUGCCAAAGUGAGGCAAGUUUGCCACAGAAGUUGAGUAAAUUGCAGAAUGUUGAGCCAAAAGUAAAAAUUUUCAUCUUCAGUCUAAGAUUCCAGGACUGCCCCUCCACCAGGAAGAAGUCAGCCACACUGCUCUUCAGCCUUCUCGAGGCCAUAAAUAAAAGCCAAGUGAUCACCAUUGGGUUUGAUCUCAAUACUUUCCUGAGCUGUUCAAGUUCCAAGAAAAGCGGGCCCUGCUCUCGGACAGACAGCGCGCCCCUCCAGACCACCGCGCAGCCUGCCCUAGGGACCGCAGCAGGUUCCUCCUCGCCGCGGGGCUCCGCCUACCGGAGAGUCUGGGGAACAUUUGCCAACCAAUCCACGGCCGAAAGGGACGCUUUCCUGCGGGAGGAUUUCCCCGAAGGCUUCCUCUGGGGCGUCUCCACGGGAGCCUUUAACGUGGAAGGAGGCUGGGCCGAGGGCGGAAGAGGGCCGAGCGUCUGGGACCACCUGGGUCGCCGGCACGCCUCCGAGGGCGCAGCAACACCGGAGGUGGCCAGUGACAGCUACCACAAGGUGGACACCGAUGUGGCCCUGCUUCGCGGCCUCCAAGCUCACGUCUACAAGUUCUCCAUCUCCUGGUCCCGCGUCUUCCCCACGGGGCUCGGGCCCGGACCCAGCCGCCAGGGCGUCGCCUACUACAGCAGGCUCAUCGACAGCCUGCUGGACGCGCACAUCCAGCCCAUGGCCACGCUCUUCCACUGGGACCUGCCCCAGGCCCUGCAGGAGCGCGGCGGGUGGCAGGACGACAGUGUGGUGGACGCCUUCCUGGACUACGCGGCUUUUUGCUUCGCCACCUUCGGGGACCGCGUGAAGCUGUGGGUGACCUUCCAUGAGCCGUGGGUGAUGAGCUACGCGGGCUACGGCACGGGCCGACACGCACCGGGCAUCUCCGACCCGGGUGUGGCCUCUUUCAAGGUGGCUCACUUGGUCCUCAAGGCUCAUGCCAGAGUUUGGCACCACUAUAAUAGCCACUAUCGUCCACAGCAGCAGGGACGUGUGGGCAUUGUGUUGAACUCAGACUGGGCAGAACCUCUGUCCCCAGAGAGGUCUGAGGACCUGAGUGCCUCUGAACGCUUCUUGCACUUCAUGCUGGGCUGGUUUGCACACCCCAUCUUUGUGGAUGGAGACUACCCUGCUGCCCUGAAGGCCCAAAUCCAACAGAUGAACCAACAGUGCCCCAGUCUUGUGGCCCAGCUCCCUGAGUUCACUGAGGCAGAGAAGCAACUCCUGAAAGGCUCUGCUGAUUUUCUGGGUCUGUCUCAUUACACUUCUCGCCUUAUCAGCACGGCCCAACAAGAUUCCUGCAUCCCUAGCUAUGACACCAUUGGAGGCUUUUCCCAACAUGUGGACCCUGCAUGGCCUCAGACCUCAUCCCCUUGGAUUUAUGUCGUGCCCUGGGGUAUAAGGAGGCUAUUGCAGUUUGUAUCUUUGGAAUACACAAGAGGAAAAGUUCCGAUCUACCUGGCUGGGAAUGGCAUGCCCAUAGGGGAGACUGAAGAUCUCCUUGAGGAUUCCUUGAGAGUAGACUACUUCAAUAAAUAUAUCAAUGAGGUGCUCAAAGCUAUCAAGGAGGACUUAGUGGAUGUUCGAUCUUACAUCACUCGUGCCCUCAUGGAUGGCUUUGAAGGCCCCUUUGGUUACAGCCAGAGGUUUGGACUGUAUCAUGUCAACUUCAAUGACAGCAGCAAGCCAAGGACUCCCAGGAAAUCUGCCUACUUUUUCACCAGCAUCAUUGAAAAGAACGGUUUCCUCCCCAAGGCCGUAAAGAGACUGCCACCACCUAGUAUAGCAAACUUCCCACGUAAAAUCAGAGCCUUCACUUUUCCGUCUGAUGUGCCCUCCAAAGCUAAAGUAGUUUGGGAAAAGUUCUCCAACCAACCCAAGUUUGAAAGAGAUUUGUUCUACCAUGGCACUUUCAGAGAGGACUUUCUCUGGGGCGUGUCCUCAUCAGCCUAUCAGAUUGAAGGAGCUUGGAAUGCUGAUGGCAAAGGCCCCAGCAUCUGGGAUAACUUCACCCACACACCAGGGAGCAAUGUGAAAGGGAAUGCCACUGGAGACAUCGCCUGUGACAGCUAUAACCAACUGGAUGCCGAUCUGAAUAUGCUUCGAGCUUUGAAGGUGAAGGCCUAUCGCUUCUCUAUCUCCUGGUCUCGGAUUUUCCCAACAGGGAGAAACAGUUCUAUCAACAGACACGGUGUUGAUUAUUACAACAGGCUGAUCAAUGGCUUGGUGGCAAGCAACAUCUCUCCCAUGGUGACACUGUUCCACUGGGACCUGCCCCAGGCCCUCCAGGAUAUUGGAGGCUGGGAAAAUCCUUCCUUGAUUGAGUUGUUUAACAGCUAUGCAGACUUUUGUUUCCAGACCUUUGGGGACAGAGUCAAGUUCUGGAUGACCUUUAAUGAGCCCACAUACCAGGCAUGGUUGGGUUAUGGCUCAGGGGAUUUUCCUCCAAAGGUGAAAGACCCAGGCUGGGGACCUUACAGAAUUGGCCAUGCAAUCAUCAAAGCUCAUGCCAGAGUAUAUCACACUUACGAUGAGAAAUACAGGCGGGAACAGAAGGGGGUCAUCUCUUUGAGCCUCAGUGCACACUGGGCAGAGCCCAAGUCCCCUGAGAUCCCGAGGGAUGUGGAGGCAGCUGACCGAAUGCUGCAGUUCUCACUGGGCUGGUUUGCCCACCCCAUUUUCCGAAACGGAGACUAUCCCGAUGCCAUGAAGUGGAAAGUGGGGAACAGGAGUGAGCUUCAACACUUAGCCACCUCCCGCCUGCCAAGCUUCACUGAGGAAGAGAAGAGGUACAUCAGGGCCACAGCUGACGUGUUCUGCCUCAACACCUACUCCUCCAGAAUUGUGCAGCACAAAACACCCAGGUUAAACCCACCCUCCUAUGAAGAUGACCAGGAGACAACCAAGGAGGAGGACCCUUCAUGGCCUUCCACAGCAGUAAACAGAGCUGCACCCUGGGGGACACGAAGACUGCUCAACUGGAUCAAGGAAGAGUAUGGUGACAUACCCAUUUACAUCACUGAAAAUGGAGUGGGGCUGACAAAUCCAAAAGUGGAAGAUACCGAUAGGAUAUUUUACCACAAAACCUACAUCAAUGAAGCUUUGAAAGCCUACCGACUUGAUGGUGUAGACCUUCGAGGGUAUUCUGCAUGGUCUCUGAUGGACAACUUUGAGUGGCUGAAUGGCUACACAGUCAAGUUUGGACUGUACCAUGUUGAUUUCAAUAACACGAACAGGCCUCGCACAGCAAGAGCCUCCGCCAGGUACUACACAGAGGUCAUCACCAACAACGGCAUGCCGCUGCUCAGGGAAGACGAGUUUGUUUAUGGACAGUUUCCCGAGGGCUUCAUCUGGAGUGCAGCUUCCGCCGCAUAUCAGAUCGAAGGUGCGUGGAGAGCAGAUGGCAAAGGACUCAGUAUUUGGGACACAUUUUCUCACACACCGCUGAAGGUUGGAAAUGAUGACACCGGAGAUGUGGCCUGUGACAGUUAUCACAAGAUUGCUGAGGAUGUGGUUGCCCUGCAGAACUUGGCUGUCUCCCACUAUCGCUUCUCCAUCUCCUGGUCUCGUAUCCUCCCGGAUGGAACCACAAAAUAUAUCAAUGAAGCAGGCCUCAACUACUAUGUGCGGCUCAUUGACGCGCUGCUGGCUGCCAACAUCAAGCCCCAGAGGCCAGUCAGGAGACCUAUACAUGUGUGCGUGUUUGGUCCUUUCCCCUCUUUUUUCCUAACGGUCACGUACAUGCAGUUUGGAAUCUCCUUUAGGCCUGGCACUGCCCCCUACGUUGUUGGCCACAACCUAAUAAAGGCUCAUGCUGAGGCCUGGCAUCUGUACAAUGAUGUGUACCGUGCCAGUCAAGGUGGUGUGAUUUCCAUCACCAUCAACAGCGACUGGGCUGAGCCCAGAGACCCUUCCAACCAGGAGGAUGUGGAGGCAGCCAGGAGAUACGUUCAGUUCAUGGGAGGCUGGUUUGCACAUCCUAUUUUCAAGAAUGGUGAUUACAACGAGGUGAUGAAGACACGGAUCCGUGACAGGAGCUUGGCCGCAGGCCUCAGCAAGUCUCGGCUCCCAGAGUUCACGGAAAGUGAGAAGAGGAGGAUCAAUGGCACUUAUGACUUUUUUGGAUUCAAUCACUACACCACCGUCCUGGCCUACAACCUUGACUAUGCCUCUUGGAUCUCUUCCUUUGAUGCAGACAGAGGAGUUGCCUCCAUCACAGAUCGUUCUUGGCCAGACUCUGGCUCCUUCUGGUUGAAGGUGACACCUUUUGGCUUUAGGAAGAUACUGAACUGGAUAAAGGAGGAGUACAACAACCCCCUAAUUUACGUAACAGAGAAUGGAGUGUCUCAACGUGGAGAAACUGACCUCAACGACACUCUAAGGAUCUCCUACCUCCGCAGUUACAUCAAUGAGGCGCUCAAAGCUGUGCAGGAUAAGGUGGACCUUCGAGGAUACACGGUUUGGAGUGUGAUGGACAAUUUUGAGUGGGCCACAGGCUUCGCAGAGAGGUUUGGUCUGCAUUUUGUGAACUACACGGACCCUUCUCUGCCAAGGAUCCCCAAAGCAUCAGCCAAGCUCUUCGCCUCUAUAGUCCGGUGCAACGGCUUCCCUAACCCUGCAGUGGGGCCACACCCUUGUCUCCAGCCAGAAGAUGCUGGACCUACCGUCAGCCCCAUGCAGGAGGAGGAAGUUCAGUUCCUGGGGUUAACACUAGGUGUGACGGAAGCCCAAACAGCUUUGUAUGUACUCUUCUCUCUUGGGAUUCUUGGCGUCUGCUGUGUGACAUUUCUGUCAUACAAGUACUGUAAGCGCUCCAAGCAAGGGAAAACACAACCAGGCCAACAGGAAUUGAACACUCUUUCUGCAUUCUGA